ACCAGCUAAUUAGCUACUAGCUAUUUAGUCAUUGUUAGCCACUGCUAACGGCCUUUACCUUCUGCACAGACACCAGACACUUUUAGCCUGGAUAAUACUUCCCAGCCUGCCAGUAUCGGACUGUUUUCUCCACUACAACACCGGAUUCCUGCCAAAAGCCCUGGACCAUUUCCUGAUUAUCACAGCUAGCUAGCUGCCACCGAGUGGCCCAGCCCCGAAGCUAGCUUUGAGCAAGGCCCACCUCCCGGCCUGCUCAGUGAUCACUUGGCUACACAGCUGAUGCCUUCCGGACUCUUCACUAACACAAUUAGAAUCCACUACUCUACCGGAUUCUUGCCGUAAGCUCUGGACCUUUGCAUCGGAUCAUCGCUGCUACCAAGUGGCUAUAGUGGCUAACGCCCUUGUCCCGAAUCUAACACCAGUUAGCCGCGAGCCAGGCGCUAGCAAACGAAGUUACUCCAGCUACAAUACCACUUUUGCCAACUGGCCUGGACCCUUUGUUGACACGGAGACCCGCCGUUCCAUGCGUGACUGGUCUGCCGACGUAAUUCCAUCCGUUGUGCCCUCAACCGGCCUUUGCCAGACGUCGGAGCAGACGCUUGUACUAGCCCCGGCCUGCCAACUUUUUUGAACGGCGUGUCUCCCGCUUGCUAGUGUAGUAACGACUACCCAGCGGCUUCCCUGUUUCAUCUAUUGCUGUUCACUGGACCCUAUGAUCACUUGGCUACAUAGCUGAUGCCUGCUGGACUGUUCAUUAAUCACGGAGGUGCAUUUUUGCGACGCUUCGCUCGCAUUCCCAAUAGUGGCAGCCCAUGGAAGUGUGCCUUUUGUUUGACCAGGGACGGUAAAGCCCUGAAAGUGCAGAGGACCAUCUUCAGCGAGUGUUUCUAUGUCAUGGCCAUGGAUGAGCUGGCUAGGGUCACAGGAGACAAAGACAUGCAGGCGGAAGCAGCACAAAUGAUGGACCAGCUGGUCCACUGGGUCAGGGUGGACCCAUCAGGCCUGGGCAAGCCCCAGCUUUCUGGAGACACCCCGGUCUGCAGCAUGGCUGUCCCCAUGAUGCUGCUGUGUCUGGUGCAGCAGCUCACGGAGGCCCGCAGCGGGGAGGAGGUAGACAAGUAUAGGGAGGUUGGAGGCUGGUGCGUAAAGCAGAUCCUCCAACACCUUCAGAGAGGUGGUACGGCCAUAUUGGAAAGUGUCUCAUCGGAAGGAAAGGAACUUCCUGGUUGUGCGGGGCGACUGCAGAACCCAGGCCAUGCACUGGAAGCAGGCUGGUUCCUGCUUCAGUACGGUUUGGAGAAUGGGGACCAGGAGCUCCAAAGGACAGCAGUGGACAAGUUCAUGGAGAUCCCCUUUCUGACAGGCUGGGACAAGGAGCACGGAGGGCUCCUCUACUUCCUGGAUGUGGACGGUUACUGCCCCACACAGUUGGAGUGGAGUAUGAAACUAUGGUGGCCGCACUGUGAGGCUCUCAUCGCAUACCUGAUGGCCUACAGCCAUACCAAAGAGCCAGCCCUGCUGGAGCGAUUCUCUCAAGUGUACGACUACACCUUCAGCCAUUUUUCUGAUGCUGAGAAUGGCGAGUGGUUUGGAUAUUUGACCCAGCAAGGGAAAGUGACACUGGAUUUUAAAGGAGGGCCUUUCAAAGGUUUCUUCCAUGUGCCUCGGUGCCUUUAUAUGUGCGAGAAAAUCCUGGACUCUAUACUGAACAAACAGGAAUCCUGAGGUCACCAACUAGCAUGACCUGGACAAUGUAAUUUUAUAAUCAUUAUUUACACUGAGUAUGCAAAACAUUAAGAACACCUUCCUAAUAUUGAGUUGCAUUUCCCCCUUUUGCCCUCAUAACAGCCUCAAUUUGUCAGGGCAUGGACUCAACAAGGUGUCGAAAGCGUUCCACAGGGAUGCUAGCCAAUGUUGACUCCAAUGCGUCCCACGGUUGUCAUGUUGGCUGGAUGUCCUUUGGGUGGUGGACCAUUCUUGACACACACGGGAAACUGUUGAGCGUGAAAAACCCAGCAGCGUUAAAGUUCUUGACAUAAACAAUAUCCCGUUCAAAGACACUCAACCUUUGAUUGGCACACACACAAUCCUUGUCUCAAUUGUUUCAAUGCUUAAACAUCCUUCUUUAACCUGGCUCCUCCCCUUCAUCUACACUGAUUGAAGUGGAUUUAGCAAGUUCCAUCAAAAAGGAAGCAUAGCGUUCACCUGGUCAGUCUCAUGGAAAUGUUUUGUACAUUCAGUGUAGGUCUACAUUGGACAAUGGUGUCAAUUUCCUGAGAUUCUGGAGACAGUUUUGAAAGCAAAAUUGCAGAUUACUGCAUAUGUUCUUAAAGUGAAGAUGGCAUACAUUUUAUUAGUAACGGUGAAGGGUAAAGAAAAUGGCUAUAGAAAUAGGGGACACAGACUGCAAAGUUUUGUACUAAGAUGAUUACAUUACAUCAGCUCAACUGUUGAAAUAUGAAACACAAUUUAAUAAAUUAAUGAAAUCAUAGGCAAAUAAGGGAAAUAUUGUUAUCACCUAAGGUCAAUAUAAAGGUGACCCAAAAUCACUUUGUUAUUUACCAUAGAGAAUAUUGCAACAAGUUAUUGUGUCUCAAAGCCUGCAAGCUGGAAAGACAGAACAUGACCAUCUAUAACAUUAUUGUCAGGAGGUCAUGUACCGGUGUGCAGCUCUGCAUCUCUCACCAAGAGAAGCUUAGACUCAUUUCACAUAAUGGCAACAAGGCUCUUGCUUAAUUUUAAGAAGUGUUUGAAACUUAAAAUCAUUUGAACUUUGAGCGCAGCAAGCAGCACCACAAAAAUGCCCCAGAACCCUUUUAGACCCAAGACAACUUGUUGUAGCUGUUCUAUGAUAAAUGUAUCACAUGUAAAUUGUGCUUUUAUGAUCCAUAACCCAAUUAAUAUUUUAAAAUUGUAUACUGUAGUUAUAUUGAUUUAUUGUCUUUCUAAUUUUUCAUUUACCGGUAUGUUCAUUUCAUCAGUGCUUUUUUAAGUCUAGGAUCUGUAUAGUUAUAAGGAAAUAACAAUUUACAGUAACUCAUGUCUGGUCAAUGAUUAAAUUAACCUACAUGCAGCCAAAUGUUCUUUGACAGUCAUUGAAAGUGUAAUUAUAUUCUGUGUUGUGUCCUAUCUGUCAUACUUAUAAUUUCAUAACAACAAUGGACGAAGUAAAACAGACUGGGACACAAGGCAAAAACAUUGUGGCUCAUUUCAAGUAAAUACUAGGUUUAUACUGUAAUGAAUAAUGUUUUAAAAUAUAAACUCAGCAAAAAAAUA